CUGAGGGGCUUCGCUACUGUGAGGCUGAUGCGUUCAGUUGCUGCUCGAAUGGACAAGGUUGGUGCAAGUCUCUUGGCCGACUUCUUUUACACCAAUAUCAUAUUGGCGGUGGACGACAUGCAGUACGGAAUGUUUGACGACAGUGGAUGUGUUGUCUAUACAAGUGAAGAGAGUUGUCAUAUAAACUAUGGUGCAAAACAUAUUUCCGUGUGGUCUAUGUCCCACGUGCUGGAUCCGGCAGAACCUCAGCUGUUACUCCACGUCACACCAUCAAUGCAAUACUCAAGAUUGACACUUAGUGAGUCAACGUUUACCAUGCCGGAUAUAAUUGGAAUAUGUAUUGCUGGUGGAUCUCUAUUGUGUACAGCUGCUGUGCUUAUAGCGGUGUUGUAUUGCCACAAUGGCAGUCGUGACAACAACAACGCCCCGAAGGAGCCCACAGACCCCGUGACGCUUGUGUUCACUGACAUCGAGAACAGCACUGCGCUGUGGGCUG